UAUUUCUGUAAUUCCAUCUCUCUUCUGUAAGAACUAAGAAUUUGUGAAGAAGGAGAGGAAGCAGUUACUUAACAAUGGCGGCGAUCGGGGCAUUCUGCGUGCCUCACGGUCACGGAUCAUCAACAUUCGUCAAAGAUACAUGUUCUAGAACCACGCCAUUACGGAGUUUUUCAUUCGCAUCAUCUAAUCUGUCAGGUGAUAAGAUCACUGCGAAAUCUCCUUCCAUUAAACGACGUUUUGAUGUUUCUCCGUUCAUUGUCUCUCCGAAGGCGGUUUCCGAUUCUAAAAACUCACAGACUUGCCUCGAUCCCGAGGCGAGCAAAAGUGUUCUAGGAAUUAUACUUGGAGGAGGAGCUGGGACACGUUUGUAUCCUCUUACUAAGAAGAGAGCAAAACCAGCUGUUCCUUUAGGAGCUAAUUAUCGGCUCAUUGAUAUUCCUGUUAGCAAUUGCUUGAACAGUAACAUAUCAAAGAUCUAUGUUCUUACUCAAUUCAAUUCAGCUUCUCUUAACCGUCAUUUAUCAAGGGCGUAUGCUAGUAACUUGGGUGGUUACAAGAAUGAAGGGUUUGUUGAAGUCCUUGCUGCACAGCAAAGUCCUGAAAAUCCCAAUUGGUUUCAGGGAACAGCUGAUGCAGUGAGGCAAUAUUUGUGGUUGUUUGAGGAACACAAUGUACUAGAGUUUUUGGUUCUUGCUGGGGACCAUCUGUAUAGAAUGGAUUAUGAGAGGUUCAUUCAAGCACAUAGAGAAACUGAUGCUGAUAUCACAGUGGCUGCACUGCCAAUGGAUGAAGAGCGUGCAACUGCAUUUGGUCUUAUGAAAAUUGAUGAAGAAGGCCGAAUAAUUGAAUUUGCUGAAAAACCUAAAGGAGAACAAUUGAAAUCUAUGAAGGUUGAUACAACUAUUCUGGGUCUUGAUGACGAGAGAGCUAAAGAGAUGCCAUUCAUUGCGAGUAUGGGUAUUUAUGUUGUGAGUAAAGAUGCCAUGAUAAAUCUUCUUCAGGAUAAGUUUCCCGGUGCCAAUGAUUUUGGAAGUGAAGUUAUCCCUGGAGCAACAUCCAUUGGAAUGAGGGUGCAAGCUUACUUGUUUGAUGGCUAUUGGGAAGAUAUUGGUACAAUUGAGGCUUUCUAUAAUGCAAAUUUGGGAAUUACAAAAAAACCAGUUCCAGAUUUCAGCUUCUAUGAUCGAUCAGCACCAAUAUACACUCAACCUCGAUACUUGCCUCCUUCAAAGAUGCUCGAUGCUGAUGUCACAGAUAGUGUUAUUGGUGAAGGCUGUGUUAUUAAGAACUGUAAGAUUCACCACUCUGUCAUUGGGCUUCGUUCAUGCAUAUCAGAGGGUGCAAUUAUAGAGGAUACAUUGCUUAUGGGAGCAGAUUAUUACGAGACCGAAGCUGACAAAACUCUUCUGGCUGCCAAAGGUAGCGUUCCUAUUGGUAUUGGCAAGAACUCUCAUAUUAAGAGGGCAAUCAUUGAUAAGAAUGCUCGCAUUGGGGAGAAUGUUAAGAUUAUAAAUGUCGACAACAUACAAGAGGCUGCAAGAGAAACAGAAGGGUAUUUCAUAAAGAGUGGGAUCGUCACAGUAAUUAAAGACGCCUUGAUUCCCAGUGGAACUCACAUCUAAAGACUUCGAUGACGAAUGUUCUUUUUCUCGCUAGACUAAGGUUAUACUUAUUGGCCAAACUCUUAUCUCGACUCCUCAAUAAGUAUUAUAUAUAUUAUGUUAGUUGGUAAAGAAUGAUCAAGAAACGAGUAAUAAAUGUCUCAAGUAUUUCUUGAUAUUUUUUUUU